GGCGGGCUGUUCCUCGUCCCUUGGGAUUGGGCUCUUGGCAGCUGGGCGGGACUCCGGCUGUGGUAUAAAAGAGGAGCGCCACUGUCCCAGCUGCAGGUGGUGCCCCAGCUGUGGAAGGAAGACCAUCAGUUGUCCUCUUGUAAUCAGACCCAGCGAGACUGAAGAAGAAAAGGCACGCUUCUAUCUGCUCCGCGCAACCCCAGUGUAGAAGGAUGCGCCUCCUCGGUCGACUUCGCUCCUCCGCUCCUGAGCCCGCCUUCUCCAACGUGCUCACCCCGGGCCGCAUCCCAGAGUUCUGCAUACCCCCGCGGCUGCCUGUCCCCGGCGUUCCCGAGACGCCGCUCCCGGCUGCCACACUGCCUUGGCGCUGUGCGGCCGAACCCGACCUAUGGCCGCGCACAUCUACCGACCACGAUGAUAAUGACUUUGAACACGCGGGUCGUACCGACUGGGACCCGCGCUCACAGGCCGCGCUCUCGCUGCCGCACCUGCCCCGCGUGCGCACCGCCUAUGGCUUCUGCGCGCUGCUCGAGAGCCCGCACACGCGCCGAAAGGAGUCGCUCUUCCUCGGUCACCCAGGCGUCCCCCGGCCCGUACUUCGCCGCCGCGCGCACACCUACGCGGGCCCGCGCCGAGCCUCGGACUCUGCACUCGCUGCUCCGAUCGAUCUGGACUCUGCUCCGCCACCCGCCCCUGUGCCCCGCGUGCGCUGCCUGCUGCGCUCCCCUGAUGGGUUGCUGAGCCGAGCACUGCGGGCCCCUCGCGGUAGGGCCAGCGCGCGCCCCGCACCCAGUGGCGACAAGCACGAGUGCGCCACCUCCUGCGCGUCCCCAGCCCCUGCGAGCACACUCCCCGAGCUCCUGCAAGCAGAGGCCAGCGUGGCUCUGAGUCGCGGGGACUGCACGCUGCGCCUGGCCGCCGAGUACUGUCCGCGCAGUGCCAGUCUCCGUCUCCGCCUGCUGCGUGCAGAGGGCCCGGCCGCCACACUCGAACCCCGCGCCCUGGGCUGUCGCCUCAGUCUGGUGUUGCGGCACUCUGGUCAGCAGCAUGCCAGCGUUUUCCGUCGCAGCCGCAAGGCCACCCUGGACCAGGACUGCUGCUUCGACGGACUGUCGGAGGAGCAGCUGCGCCGUCUGUCCGUGCGCAUCAAGGCAGAGAGCAAGGGCCGCGGGCUGGAGCGUGGCCGGCCGCUGGGCCAGGGUGAGCUGCUGCUGGGUUCACUGCUGCUCCUCUGAGCCCGGAUUCCGUGGGCUGAUCAACAUUGAAGAUGCACACACUCUUGGCCCUCGGACUUCCAGAGCCUCUUGGACGCGACGCGGACAAUGGUUUGGCCCUGGGACACACAUAGCCUCUUGGCUCUGGUACACUUUCCCUUUUGUACAAAUAAAGUUAUUUAUUUUUUCUA